AAAAUCGCGAAUGUGUUUUUAUGAAACGCUUCAGUUUGACUAACGCUUUAUUUUGAUAAAAAUAUAUUUGCAUUCACCAAAUAAAGUAAAUAUUUGCGAUUAUUAUGGCAGGUAAUUUUUGGCAGAGCUCACAUCAUCAACAAUGGAUUCUAGAUAAAACAGAUCUCAUUAGAGACCGUCAACACGAUCUCAACAUUUUAAGUGACGAGGAAUACCAAAAAAUAUUCAAUUUUUUUGCGAGUAUUAUACAAGUUUUGGGAGAGCAAUUGAAGCUACGCCAACAAGUGAUAGCGACAGCAACGGUAUACUUCAAGAGGUUCUAUGCAAGGAAUUCUUUGAAGUGCAUUGAUCCUUUACUACUAGCACCUACUUGCGUGUUUCUCGCUUCUAAAGUGGAAGAAUUUGGGGUUAUCUCCAACUCAAGACUAAUAACGACGUGUCAAACAGUUAUUAAAAAUAAGUUUGGCUAUGCAUAUGGACAGCAAGAGUUUCCCUAUAGAACCAAUCAUAUAUUAGAAUGUGAAUUCUAUUUGCUUGAAAAUUUAGAUUGUUGCCUAAUAGUGUAUCAGCCAUACAGACCUUUACUAUUGUUUGUCCAAGAUAUAGGCCAGGAUGACCAGUUGCUUACAUAUGCUUGGAGAAUAGUAAAUGAUUCCUUGAGAACUGAUGUGAGCUUGAUUUAUCCCCCAUAUCAGAUUGCAAUAGCAGCAUUACAUAUAGCCUGUGUGAUGCUAGGUAAAGAAAAUCAAAAAAGUUGGUUUGCAGAGUUAAAUGUGGACAUGGACAAGAUUCAAGAAAUCGUGAGAUCCAUUAUAAAUUUGUAUGAAAUGUGGAAAAGUUAUGAUGAAAAGAAAGAAAUACAAGGACUACUAGCGAAAAUGCCAAAGCCAAAGCCUGCUCCCCAAAGAUAAUAGUUAAUUUUUAACCUAAAAGUGUG